CCCAUUUUGCUUUGCUUUCUUUGCUUUCCUCUCCUCUCUCGCCGCCCACCUCGCCGUCGCCGCCGCCGCGAGGGCCAACGCCGGCGAAGUCCGCGAGCCGAAGCAUCACACAGCUGCGCCAGCGAUGUCGGUGGAGACGGAGCGGAGCUCCACGGAGUCGUCCGCCGCGUCGGGGCUCGACUUCGAGGACACCGCCCUCACCCUCCGCCUCCCGGGCUCCCUCGCCGCCGCCGCCGCACCUGACCCCGACCGCAAGCGCUCCUCCCCCUCCUCCUCCGACGCCGCCGACGCCGCAGACAACUCCUCCCCCCUCGCCGCCGCCGCCGAUGCUCCCCCUGCUCCCAAGGCGAGGGUGGUGGGGUGGCCGCCGGUGAGGUCGUUCAGGAAGAACGCGCUGGCGGCCAAGUUCGUGAAGGUGGCCGUGGACGGCGCGCCGUACCUGCGCAAGGUGGACCUCGAGGCCUACUCCGGCUACGACCAGCUCCUCCGCGCGCUCCAGGACAAGUUCUUCUCCCACUUCACCAUCCGGAAGUUCGCCGACGACGAGAGGAAGCUGGUGGACGCGGUGAACGGGACGGAGUACGUGCCGACGUACGAGGACAAGGACGGCGACUGGAUGCUCGUCGGCGACGUCCCCUGGAAGAUGUUUGUGGAAACUUGCCAGCGCCUUCGUCUCAUGAAAAGCUCAGAGGCUGUCAACUUAGCACCAAGAGCCGCUCAAUGAGGCAUUCCCGGUGCCCAUGACCGUGUGGUUGGAUUGAAAGAAAGUGGAAGCUUUGCCCCGCCGAUGUUCGCCCACGUGUGAUAUGAACAUGUACAGUUGUCUCCUACUACUUUUGGUUCCUUGAUGAUGCUGAGUUGAGAAAAAGGUUGUAGUUUCGUUACUCGUCUGUAGUCUCUCCAUAUAUAGAUAAUGAAGCACUGAAGCUUGAAAUAUACACCUACAGUUUGUCUCUUUAUGAAUAAGACCAUAUACGCAAAAAAACCGAUGUUCUUUGCUGCGGCUCGCGUGUCGUCAGGCUAUAUGCAGUUUUUUGUCGCACCAUAGGCGAUGGACAUCUCUGGCCUUAUACUUUCGUAAAAAUCUUAUCAUGUUAAGCGAUGGUCUUGCUUUGGAGUUCAUAGUUCUGUGCUCUAUGAUGUGCAAUCAGCUUGGUGUUCAUCUAUAUAUAAUCUUUUGCUGCUGUAUUCUGGUUAUUGUACUAAGUUGUAACUGACGAAAUGAUCUCUUGGAUGUUAGUGUCUUCGCUGAUUGAUAUGAGCUCGUAUCUAUUGCUGCUGCAUUCUGGUUUCUGUAACGAACAAAAUAGUUUGUUGGUGAGGCUGAAAAACGUUAUUGGAAUGUUCAGUGUUUUACUCUGAA